CAGCCUCUUCCUCCUCCACCCCCUCUUUCAUCCGACCUUCUCCCUCCUCAUCCGGUCUACCUCGAGUUGCCAACCUCCCUCCACCGACUUUGAUCGACCUAAGCUUUCUACCCCUUUAUUCGACUCUUUCCAUCCGCAUCAUCAUCAUCAUCAUCGGGCAAGCUGCCUGGUGUCGUCCACCAAGCAGCAAUCGCGCCUUCAACGAUCGCAGUAUCGCUUGUCUUGAAACCUCGUCUUAUUUGACGUGUUAGCGUCUUCCGACCCAUCACCUUAGCCAUGUACAACACCCAUCGCGGGAUGGUGCCCGCCCCCAACUCUCGCCUGACAGAGUUGCUCGACCAGCUGCGCCAGGAGUUCGAGAGCCAGUCUCGGAGCACCGGCGAAUAUGAACACCAGUUAACCGGACAGCUCCAGGAGAUGGAGAUGAUCCGUCAGAAGGUAUACCAACUGGAGCAGACCCAGAUUAAAAUGAAGGCAGACUACGAGGCUGAGAUCCGAAUGUUGCGACAUGAACUCGAGCAGCGCGGUGUCCAACCCGUCUCUUCGCAUAUCGCGCCCGCGCAGCACACCGGCCCUCAGGCGCAACCACCUUCAUUGGGCCAUGGCCCCAGCAACUUGUUUGGUGGUAUCAUGACCAACCAAGGAGGUAGUGGUCCCGGUCUUGCCCCUCCCCCCUCCCAGGAUCAGCAGCCUUCCCAGCAUACCCUUCAACAGCCUGCCUCGGCCGCUCAGCCUGGUGCGCCGCAGCCCCCGCAGAGCUUCCCUGGAGGAUAUCAGCCUGGUGCUGCUGUGAACGGCUACGGACCUCCCCCUCCUCCCACUGCAUCCCCUGGCCCGGGUAAGGGUCGUCGCACCGCUCCGGGUCCGGCCACUCCCCAGCAGACUCAGAUCGCCUAUCCGGAUCCUCGUGCCUCGCCUCAGAUUCCCCGUCCCACCCCCCAACCAGCCGCUCGUCCGUGCGGACCGCCCGGGUAA